CGAACAACAUCUCCAAUCGACAAGUCUGAUCCAGACAGCAACAGUUAAAGAAGUCUGAUCCAAGUCAUUGUCUAGGGUCAUUCUUUAACCACCAACGGAAACAAGCCUUUUGAGUCUAAGGGAUCACUGGCGGAAACAUGAGCACAGCCAGUUUCAGUGGAAUCAAAGGGCCCAGCAAGAUAGCUAGGUCAACUGGGACAGCAGCUUCCAAGACCAACCCCAGCACAGUGCUGUGUGCGGUUGGUAAAGCUGCUGUGGCCGACAAAUCCGCUGCAAGUGCCAGUGGAGGAGAUGCUGGGGAGAGCUUCCAGAUUGGGGAGCGAGUAUGGGUAAAUGGGAAUAAGCCAGGCUACAUACAAUUUUUGGGAGAGGCAGAGUUUGCUCUAGGCCAGUGGGCAGGGAUUGUUCUGGAUGAGCCAAUUGGGAAGAAUGAUGGGUCAGUGGCAGGGGUGCGCUACUUCCAGUGUAAAGACCUGCAAGGAAUUUUUACCCGCCCAUCCAAGUUGUCUCGCACAGAGGGCGAGGCUAACGGAACUGAGAAAGCACCCCCCUCCUCUGCUGCAUCACCCACUCCUUCAGAUAGCAGUGUAUCCUCGCACACGGCUGCCACAAAAUCAACAUCACCUACCACUGCAACCAAGAAGGCCUCCUCCACUACACCAGCUGCACCAGCUACGCCAUCCUCCAACCUCCCACACACAAUCAGUGAAUCUGUCUCCAAACUCUCCGAGACCGGAUCAGUCAAGAAGGGGGAAAGAGAGCUGAAGAUGGGUGACAGAGUAUCAGUUGGUGGUACAAAGGCAGGAGUGGUACGUUUCCUUGGAGAAACAGAUUUUGCCAAAGGCGAGUGGUGUGGUGUGAAAUUGGAUGGGCCCUUAGGAAAGAAUGACGGGUCAGUGGCAGGCAUAAGAUAUUUUCGGUGCCCACCCAAGUAUGGUUUAUUUUUUCCAGUCCACAAAGUUACACACAUUGGCUUCCCUUCCAUCAUGCCAGCCAAAGCAAAAACAACGGUUUGGAAAGUAGUAGCCACACCAUCAGGGCUAAAGCAAAGCCCUAGUGCCUCCUCCAUCUGUACCAUGACCUCUGUUGCAUCCUCUGUCAGUGACAAGCCCAGCGACACAGGCCUGCUAACAGAGACAUCAUCACGGUAUAGUCCUAAGAUUUUAGCCAUUACAGACCUGCAAAAGGCCCUAAAGGAGAAACAGUGUCACAUUGAGCAGCUAAUGGCUGAGAGGGACAUGGAGAGAGCUGAAGUUGCCAAGGCCACUGGCCAUGUUAGAGCAAGGGAGCAACAAAUUGGCCUGCUGAGGGUUGAUCAGGAGCAGAUGGAGGCCAAGAUUGAUCAGUUAAGUGCCUUGUUAGAAGCUGCAGACAAAGACAAAGUGGAGCUGCUGAAUCAGCUGGACGAGGAGCGUAGGAAGGUGGAGGACCUUCAGUUCUGUGUAGAGGAAGCUUGCAUUACCAAAGGAGACCUGGAGAUGCAGACCAGACUGGAGCAUGCACACAUUAAGGAGCUUGAGCAGAGCCUUCUUUUUGAAAAGACCCAAACUGAGAAACUCCAAAGAGCAUUAGAAGACACUAGGGUUGCCAAUGUGUCUGAAAGAUCUCGUAUUAUGGACCUUGAGAGGGAACUUUCGCUGCAAACAAGAGAGGUAGUAGACCUGCAGCUGCGUAUUAGAUCCCAACCGAGCUCUGAGGAUUCAAACUGUACUGUUUCUCCCCUUCUGGAUGAAAAAAACUCUCUGAGAGCUCAGUUGGCUUCCGAAGAAGAUAAGCAGAAAGAAGAGCUGAAGAAGUACAAGGAGAAGCAAGAAGCUCAAAAAAAGACCCAUAGUGAGGCAGCUGCUCAGGUUCAGGCUAUAGUUGUAAGGCUCUCUGGUGACAACAAGCAGUUGCAGAUGUGCUUAAGCCAUGCUGAGAAAGAGAAUGCUGACAUUACUGAACUGUGGCGUUCCAAGUUGGAGUCUGCCAUUGCCUCUCACCAGCAAGCCAUGGAGGAGCUAAAGGUGUCCUUCAGCAAAGGCUCAGGUGCCCAGACAGAACAACGUAUGAAAACCAAAAGUGCUCUAGAGAAGCUGAACAUAGAGCACAAGUUGGCUCUUGAGGCUGGUGCUGCAUCUUGGAUUCGGGAGAAGCAGGCACUGAAGGCACAGCUUUUGUCUUUGAUUGAGGACAUGGAACGACAGGAGGAGUCCCUACGGUACAACGUCGAAAGAGCAGAGGAGCAGCACUUCAUGGAGAUGGAGGAUGUUCUUGAAAAUCUUCAUGCUGUCGAACUUAGGGUGAAGGAGCUUGAGGAGAAAGAAGGGAUGUUGGCACAACAGGCCCAAGACAAGGACCGACAACCUAAAGAACAGAUGUCAGAGAUUGUGGCUCAACGUGGAAAAGUAGCACAAUGUAACCAGGAGCUAGUGACCCUGAACGGUCAAUUAGAGAUGGUUCAGAAACAAGGGAAAAACCAGGGUGCCAUGGUUUGUGAAUUAAGUUCACAGUUGGAGGACCGACAGCAGGAAGAUCUCGCUUUCCAGCAGAGUCUGACAACUGUACAGCAGGGGAAGGAUGUCCUGGAACAUGAGCUUGGAGACUUGAAACAAAGGUUGGUUAAAAGUACAGAGGAGCAGACUAAAUCAUCAAACACUAUGCAAGAAACACUGGAGAAGCUCAGUGAGAAAGAAGAGCAGUGCACAUCUCUGACCACAGAAUCAGAGUCUCUAAGAAGUCAACUUUCCGUGCUGGAGAGAAAGCUGAAGGCUGCAGAUGAAAAGCUUGAUCAACUUUCAAAGGACAAAUACAAGCUGGAAAAUGAUAUUUCAGACAUGAUGAAGACAUCUGGUGAAAGUUCAGUACAGCGGACCGAAAUGAAUGAAGAUCUCACACAAAAAGAAAGGAGGCAAGAGAGAAAACAGCUAUUAUCUAAGCUCGAGGAUAUAGGAAAGCAUAUGACCAUCCUGAUCACAGGGAAGGAAAACCUUUUAGCUGGACAGUGUAAACUGGAGCGGACCAUUUAUUCUCUCCACACAAGCCAAGAAAAUUGGCUCACUGAAAGGUCAAAACUCCUUGAAGAGAUAGAAAAGUUGCGCGCUAGCCAGACACAACAAGAGGUUGCUGUCAAGAGCCUACAAAUCAGAAAAGAACUUUUGAAAAAGCAAUGCAAUAAUGCUGUUGCAGAGUUAUCGGCUUCUGCCGUUGUGAAAGAAAAGAUUUCCUCCAGCAUCUCAAACCCAACCGCUCAGAAGGUUGCCCUGCAGGUGGAGAGAGAUGAAGCCACCCAGAAAAUCAAGCAGCUGGAGUCUCAACUAAAAAAUGCUAUUUCUAAGCAGCUUGUGGCUACAGAGGCCUAUGGCAAGACUGCUGAGGCUCUGGAACAGCUGACAAAAGAGAAGGCCAGUUUGAUGCAGGAGAAGAAUGAAGCCCAAUCUCUAUUGGAAGAGCUCCGCUGUGCCAAGCAGAAGAUGGAGACGCAGCUAAAAGCAUUGAAGACAGAUAAUUCCAAGUACCAGGAAGAUCUGAAUGUAUCCAAGGAGCAGCUUGGCAUAGAAACUCAGAGGACUGAGAGUCUGUACCAGGAAAUUGAGGAGCUUAAAGAAGCUGUAACUCUGAAGACACAGUCGCUGCAGAUGCUGCAAGAUGAGAAAAAGCUGACUCAGGAGCUUAAUAACAAAGAUCAGAGCAAACUUGUAACGCUCAAGGAUAAGUAUUCAAAACUUCAAAAACAGUUGCAGCAAAGUGAGAGCAGCUUGAAGGAGCAGUUUGAGAAGCAGAAGGCUGCUCCCCAAAAGUCCAUCCAUAAAAACAGAGCCUUCAUUUCAGAAAAGGACCAGCAGGUGAAAAAGCUGAUGAGCAAGCUGGGUGAACUGCAAGGGGAAAGUGCCUUAGUUAAGACACUGCAGGGUACAAUUCAGACCUUGGAGCGGGACAAGGCUAAUCUACAGGGCUGUGUUCAGAGACUGGAGAAGGACCUGGCUGCAGGACCUGACACCAACAAGUCCUUAGGUGAUGUAGCUUUGGACCAAGUAAGGGACAAUGAGAAGACUGCAGAGAGUCAGGCAGCAAUUGAGUUCCUGAAUUCAGUCAUUGUUGACCUCCACAGGAAAAAUGAGGAACUCAAAGACAAAUUGGCAAAAAUGGCGGCUGCUGCUCUCAAUAGGAAUAAUCCAAGUGGGCUGGACUAUGAGAGCCAUGACAAGGAACCCGUGAAGAAGAAGAAGGCUCCUCCCAGGCUGUUCUGUGACAUCUGCGACUACUUCGACCUCCAUGACACCGAGGACUGUACCGCACAAAUUCAGAGGCCCGACUCCCCUCCACACACCACCUACCACAGCAAUAAGCAUAUAGAACGACCCUACUGCGAUUUCUGUGAGGUCUUUGGCCACUGGACCGAGUACUGUAAUGAUGACCAGACCUUUUAA